GACCGUGCGGAGCCGGUCGCAGGGCAGUGCCUGCCCGCAGCGCCGCCGACGGGGAGGCUCAGCUGCCCGGGGAGAGUCGCCCCGGUGUUUCUGUCUGGCUUUCCCUCCCCCUCUUCCCGCCUGCAGCCCGCGGCAUGGCCGGGGCGCCGCGGGGGGAGCUGCUCUCCUUCCGCGACUUCCAGGCCGCCUGCCCCGCCGGGUACGAAUACGGGUACGACGGCGGCCUGCGCGGUCUCCGGGAACGCGAGUUCCCCCGACUCCGAGGGAUUACUUACCUUGACCAUGCCGGUUCAGCACUUUUCCCAGAGAGUCUACUUAAAGCUUUUACUGAUGACCUCAGAAACAACGUUUAUGGCAACCCUCAUAGUCAGAAUAUCAGCAGCAAGCUGACAUAUGACACAAUCGAGCAUGUCCGAUACAGAAUAUUGCAACACUUUCACACUACUGCUGAAGAUUACACCAUCAUUUUCACAUCUGGAUGCACAGCUGCACUUAAACUGGUAGCAGAAGCAUUUCCUUGGAUACCUGAAGGCACAAAGCAACCCAGCAGUCGAUUUUGUUACCUAACUGACAGCCACACAUCUGUGGUGGGUAUGAGGGGGAUAACUGCCUCAAUGAAUGUCUUGUCUGUUCCAAUAAAACCAAAGGAAAUCUUGUUAUCGGAAAAAAACAGGUUACCAGCUGAAGAGCAAAACUGCAUGACACCUCAUCUUUUCUCUUAUCCAGCUCAGAGUAAUUUUUCUGGUACCAAAUAUCCCCUCUCAUGGAUACAGGACAUAAAAUCUGGAAAACUCCACCCCAUCAAAAUACCAGGGAAGUGGUUUGUUCUACUAGAUGCAGCUUCGUACGUGAGCAGUUCUCCAUUAGACUUGGGAGUUCACCAAGCUGACUUUAUUCCCAUCUCAUUCUAUAAAAUCUUUGGAUUCCCGACUGGUUUAGGAGCAUUAUUGGUAAACAACCGGAUUGCCCCCCUCUUGAAGAAAACCUAUUUCGGAGGUGGAACUGCAGCUGCUUAUCUUGCAGGAGAGGAUUUUUAUUUCCCAAGGAAAUCUAUAGCAGAAAGGUUUGAAGAUGGCACAGUCUCUUUUCUUGAUAUCAUUGCUCUGAAACAUGGAUUUGAUGUUCUGGAAAAACUCACAGGUGGAAUGGAGAAAAUAAAACAGCAUACCUUUGCAUUAGCUCACUACACCUAUACCAUGCUGUCUACCUUAAAAUAUGCCAAUGGGGCUCCUGUAGUACGUAUUUACAGUGAUACAGAUUUCAGCAAUCCUGAUGUCCAGGGUCCAAUCAUUAAUUUUAACGUGCUCGAUGAAAAUGGAGAGGUGAUCGGCUUUUCACAGGUGGACAAGAUGGCCAGUCUCUACAACAUACAUGUCCGCACAGGUUGCUUCUGUAACACAGGAGCCUGCCAGAUGCAUUUGGGUAUGAGCAAUGAGGACAUCCAAAGGAACCUGCAGGCUGGCCAUGUCUGUGGAGAUGAUAUAGACCUAGUUAAUGGACGUCCCACUGGUUCUGUGAGAAUAUCCUUUGGCUACAUGUCGUCUUUUGAAGAUGCACAGACUUUUUUGAAAUUUAUCAUGGCCACCAGACUCUCCAAGCUGGACAGUGAGAUUCCCUUCGAGUCCUCUGUAACAAAGCUGACGACAGAGUCUGUCCCAGAUGACCACCCUUCCUUUCACAGCGCAUGUAAAUUAUCUCCAGUACCACACAUCUCAGACAGAGAACUCGGGAAUAAUUUGUCUGCGACAGAGAUGACUCUCAACUGGCAGCCACCGGAGGUUGAGGCGGAAAGCAUAAGGGCAGCUGUUUCUGAGAUUGCAGUGCCAACAUGUAGAAGAGGUGGCAAGCCUGUCACUGUCACCAACAUUUACCUCUACCCUAUCAAAUCCUGCUCUGCGUUUGAGGUUACAGAAUGGCCAGUAGGAAACCAGGGUUUGCUGUAUGACCGUAACUGGAUGGUUGUAAACCAGAAUGGAGUCUGCAUGACCCAGAAGCAGGAGCCAAGGUUGUGUCUUGUAAAUCCCUCCAUUGAUCUGAAGCAAAAAGUUAUGGUCAUUCAGGCAGAAGGUAUGGACCCAAUAUCUGUAUCCCUAGAAGAAAAUACUGGAAAAGAGGCUGUGAUCUGUGAGAGUAAAGUCUGUUCGCACAGGGUAAAAACAUAUGACUGUGGAGAAAGAAUUGCUGGCUGGUUCUCUAUGUUUCUUGGUCGUCCAUGUCGCUUGAUAAGACAAAGUUCAGACAUGAAAAACAGGUCGCAUCAGAAAAAUAUAAAAGGUCUGGCAUCUGCUACAAACAUCUCACUCUCUCUUGUGAAUGAAGCACAAUACCUCCUGAUAAAUGUAGCAAGCAUUCUGAAGCUGAAAGAACAUAUUUCUGCGAGAUUGGAAGAGCCAUUGGAAAUAGAGGAAUUAAUGCGACGUUUCCGUGCCAACAUUGUCAUCAGUGCACCAGAGUCCUUUGAAGAAGAAGAGUGGGCUGAGAUUUCAAUAGGUGCUCUGCAAUUCCAGGUUGUGGGUCCGUGUAGCAGAUGUCAAAUAAUCUGCAUUGAUCAACAGUCUGGGGAACGAAACAAAGAAUUUCUGCAGUCUCUGUCUGCUGCCAGAGGUAGAAAGACAAACUUUGGCAUAUACCUGAUGAACCAGCCUUUGCACUCAUCCUUUCCAGAUGUUUUAUCGGUUGGGUCUCAAGUACUUCCAGUGCUGAAGGAGAAUACAGAAAUUCAACCCCCAACAUCCAGUGAAGAAAAAUGUUCAGGGUAGAUUCUCUGGUGGAGUUGAAAUUUAUUUGCAACUCCAGGGAAAAGUCAGUAGUCAGUUAUUCAAAAAAAAAAAAAAAAAAGAAAAAGAAAAAAGAAAAAAAGAAAAAAGAGCUUCUACUCAUUUGCUUCUGGUUUAAGUCUUUUAAUUUUCUGUUUGCUGUAAAUGUUAUCAGAUGGCAGAACCCGUGAUAAUUACAGCUCACCUACAUGUUUUUGCUUGUGAUUAGGUUACAGCAGCCGUAACUCUAUUUUGUUCAAUUGCUUCAGCAUGCAACAGGUUUAAUCAAGUUUUACUGGUGGAUGACUCCCAAAACAAGCCCAACAUUGUUGUCAGAAACCCACAUCUCAAUGAAGGAAAGUAAACACAACAAUAAACUACUUCCUCAUGUUGCUUUGUUAAAACCACAAUUGGGAGAGAGGAUGCAGGAUGUAUUUUAGAUACAAUGUGGGUGGGAAGGGAACAGUGAAAGAGCGGCAUGAGAGUAGCAGUCCAUUCAGCUUUUCAAAAAUGAAACUGAAGGUGGUGCGUAGACAGUCUGAAAGCACUGGAGAGGAGGGAACUGUUAUUGGGAAAUCUGUGUCUCAUGCUUUAGAAUAGGUGAGGAUGCCAAAAAGGCACAAAGAUCAAUGAAGAUUCAGUAUGCCAUUUGCAAAACACAUUCCCUGUGAAGCAAUUUCAUCUGUUUGUUCUCCACCUCUUUCUCUCAUUCCCAUUUGCUGCUUUUCCAUCUGAUUUAUUUUACCUGCUGACUUCCCACACACUUGUUUCCUUAUGCAUUUAUGGAUGUUGACACAUUUUUCUUUCAUUAGAGAUUUUUCAACUAAUACAGUUGUGUUUUCUGUAGAAACUUUGUUUAUCCUUAGUGGUCUCUAAUGGCCACUUAAGGGAAUUCUUGAAAGUUUGUAUGCUUCUCCAUCUUGAACAGGUCAAAGUAUUAUUUUUUUCUUACUCUCUGUGCAUUUGAUUAUGUCCUUCUUAGAAGGCUUUUGAGUUCUUUACUCUCCUAAAUAUCACUCAUGCUUUCUGAUUUCUGAGAGCAAAUGUCUGAAACCUAGGACUUAGUCUGAAAUAUCAAUUAUUGUGAAAAUUAAAAAAAUAAAUAAAGCAAAGCCACACGGUGAAAAAACAUAUGGAAAGACAGUGUAAUGCAAGACUGAGGCCAGGUGUUUUAUGACCCCAACAUGUGUCCAGCCAGCCACAGGGCGAUUUCAUGCUUCCAGGAAGUCCUUCUGGAAGAGGAAAUUCUCCUAGAUUGGCAUCUCUGUUGCCAUUUGGGAAGUGAAAUUUUGGCCCCGUUAAAAGCACCGUCAGAACUCUCAUCCAGCAUGAUUUAGGUCUUCCUUGGGGCGAUUUUGGCUCAACCUGUGUGAAAGUGCUUCUGGCUGAAGCAGUCCUUGAGUUAAUUUGAGUAUAUCCCUGGAGGGGAACCGGGCGGCUUUGUGAAAGAAUUGGUCAAAUGGUGGUUGUGAAAGGGGAGCGACUACCGCAGAGCGGGUUCAAUGGGAAAAGGGAAGCGUAUCGCCCAGUGUGCGAAUCAGAAUUCAAAGAUGGUCUUUUUUCUUUCUCUUUUUUUUUUUUCUUUUUUGAACUGGUUUCUUCUUUCUUUUAUUUUUUUUUUCUUCUUUUGAAGAACUGGUUUUACUCACUUCAGCUGGAACGAACUCUUAUUAGUCGCUCAGCAGAGCUUUGUAAUGGAAAUGAGAGGAGACAUUAUCUGUUUCUUACAACCUGCCAUAAAAGACAUGGAAAGAGAGAGAUGUUUCAUAUGUAUGUAAACUGAGGAUCAGUUUUGAGAGUUGUAUCUUCCACUUCAGAGCCCAAGCACUGCUCCUUGAUGUCUGCUUUGAAAAGCAGGGGGGUUAUCUGUCUAAUAGUCAAUUAUCUGAUGUUGUAAUGAGCAGGCUUUUUGGAACUUUGAAAAGCAGUUUCCUGGUAUCUAAAUCUCUUAACUGUUUCACUCUUUGCCUUUCUGUUAUGCAGAGCAUUGUUUUGUUGGAUAGAAAGCCAGUGCAGCUCUGGCAAAUUUAAUAUGAAGAGACCUGCUGUACGCUGACCUUUAGGUGAUCUCCGAUGCUUUGCUCUGUCCUCUUCACCUCACCAGUGUGUCUUUUGUUUAAAAUGGCACAGAAGUUAGAAAAGGAAAUUGAAAGCAAACCUCAGCAAACUCUGUUUCACUUGUUAUUGGAUUUACUACAGAAUAAGUCACUUUGAUACACAGUGGCUUGACAAAUACUGUUUGCGAAUAGCCUUAAUGCAAUGUAUGAUAACUAAGGAUGAGAGGAUUUGAACUUUAAAAAUGUCAUGCUUGGUCAUUUUGACCUAUUAUUUACAGGCAAUUACACUUUCUGCUGUGGAUUAGUAAUAUUAGAUCAAGCAUAAUUUUGUCACUUUACAGGAGGGGGAAAAAGAUUUUCUCUGAUGUAUGAACAUACUCAUUAGUAUAUUCUGCGCAUUUCCCAGAAGGAACAUCCUUGUGCUACAGUGAUAGGAAAUGUCACAACGCUUCAGAUUGAUGUAAGAGACAUAAGGAAUCUUUCAUCUCAACAAAGGAUAAUAUUUCGCUUCUAGUAAGUGGAGUGUCCCUGUCGGUAUUGAGAUGUCUUCCCAUCAAUGAAGACAAAUUCUUGUCAGUGCCAGUACUCUGUGGAAAAUCUUGAAGUAGGAAUAGUCACUUUUAAAUGACAUGCACUGUAAGUUUUGUAGAAGUAACAUCCCUCCCAUAAUGUGAAGAAAAUUCAAAGAUAGAUAAAUUUAGCAUAAUACAAACCAAGGUACUGCAGGAAUUAAACCGGCAUAAACACUUCAAAACACUGUGUAUAUUAUGUAGAAAGAUUAAAUGUUCUAUAAGGGGGUGACUUCUCAAUAUCUUCAGAGUAUAUAGAAAAAAGACAAUGUCAUAUGAAGGCAGACUCUUUCAUCUAACUACUCCCAUUGGUGCAAAAUUAAAUCUUUGGACUAAUUGCAGAUAUAUAUUUACUUUCUGUGGAUAAGAAAUGUACUUAAUACAGUAUUUCUAGAGUGCUGUACAUAGGAAUUCCUCUAUGUAUUUGAAAACUAAGUUCAUAUUUCCUUACAAUGAAUUAUUUGGACAUAUUCCAUUUUCUGUGGGACUUUUAACUCCUUCCCAAAUCUCAAGGCAAAAAUUGUGAUUAUUACAAACUCUGAUAAUAGCCGGGAGGCUGAAAUCACAGAACAGAAAUCAGCAUUUUUAGGAGAAACCUCUGAACUCUGUGUUCUCUGAUGUGACUAAGAUAUUUCACAUGCAGUUUAUGAUUUAUAUACUUUCAAAGUCAUCCUUCAAAAUAUGGUCAAAAUUUUAGGUCAUCCUUCUGUCAAAGUUAUACACAAAUCAAAAGGAAGGACUGCAUAAAGAACAUGAUUGUUGUUCAUAAAUUGUAGAGAUUAUGCUAUGCAUUUCCUCUUCAGUCUGUUUUUUAACUUUCUUGGAAAUGAAACCAAUAAAAUAUAUA